UUCCACCCCCAGUCAUCGAUCCCUUGACGUCGUUGGUACCUCUUGCUUUCCCACUUACCCCGCUUCGAUCCUUCCUCUCCUUCCCCCACUCCCUCGCUCUCCCUCCUUGCCCUCCUCACUCUCCUCUCUCUCCUCCUCCUACUUCCUUGUUCUGUACCACCAUUAUGGCCGCCACUGCCUGCUAAACUUUUCCCGAGCCCUCCUGUUCCCCGCACACAAAAUUCUAUUUCAUCCUCUGAGCUCAAGCAGCCCAGCCUUCCCAACCACGUCAACUUAUAACAUACCUACUUCUCUCGCAAAUCCUUUCCUGCUGUGACAACUCGCUGAAAGUGAACCCUCCCCUUGAUUCUCAUAGCGGCACUAGAUUCUUUGUUAUCGGCUGUACUUUCUUAUCCCGAAAUAUUGGCACGCAACUUUCGUCGUCGACAAGCUUGGAUCUGUAUCUUCUGUGAGUGCAACUUGGAUCGCAAAAGACUGGACCUCAUUCGUUACCUGUGACAUUCUAGACGAAUCUCGGUCUGUGAAUGGGCUUACAUUUUACUUGCUGAGUCACGAGACAACUUGAAGACUCUCAUGGUACCGACGGGAAACAAUUCCCGAAAGAAAGUUGAGGACUGGAUAGAACAGUCUCAGGUUUACCGCAAUGUACAAACAGUUUCGCAGGGCUCGCACCCUCCUGCUAUCACGACGGACUUGACCUCGUAUCUCGGGGAUUUCGGUGGAAUUCUAAAGUCUGCAUUCGAUUGGACGUUGCACAGCGUUGAUGAUGUGAGAGGAGAUUCGAGCUCUGAGCAGCUUUCAGCUGAAGAUAAGCCAUCCCCUGUAGCAAGCAAACCACACUUGAGGAAUGGCAACAUUGCAAUCUUCGAGCCAACCAAGCCUCACAAGCUCUCGAAAUCCAACUCUCUUACUUCAGUCAGCAGGAAGUAAAACAUCCCAGCGAAAGUAAGACACAGAUGUGCGAGGAUCGCAAUGUUCGAUCUGAGCUACGUUGCCUUGUGAAAGGACCUUUCUGAGGUUUCCCUUCGACAGUGGACGGAGCAUGUUAUGUGCGCACUAGUGAUCAAAUCCUGUUGUUACCAUCGCGAUGGUGCCCAAUUCUUCUCAGCUGCUUGCAAAACUUGUAUUGAUUCGGGAUCAGCCGAGUUUGUUAAGCCGUGAUUAUUAUUUCAAGUUCAAGGUCAAUUUGUUGGAGUUGUAUUGUACAAAGUUGUUGAAUGCUGCCUUUUUUGUUUCUGUAUUUGGUACACUAGUAACUUUAGGAAGUUUCCCAGUGGUGUGCAAUGUGAAGUCGAAAUAUCUCUUUUUCUGUGAGAAUCAUGAAUAAACGAGAAAAUACAAACAA